CAGCAACGCAAGAUGGCAGCGACCAUGGGCUCGGGAGUAAAAGUCCCUAGAAAUGUCCGCCUGUUGGAAGAACUUGAAGAAGGUCAGAAAGGAGUUGGAGAUGGAACAGUUGGCUGGGGUCUUGAAGAUGAUGAAGAUAUGACAUUUACAAGAUGGACAGGAAUGAUUAUUGGACCUCCAAGAACAAUUUAUGAAAACCGAAUAUACAGCCUUAAAAUAGAGUGUGGACCUAAAUAUCCAGAAGCCCCCCCCCCCCCCCCAUUUGUAAGAUUUGUAACAAAAAUUAAUAUGAACGGAGUAAAUAGUUCUAAUGGAGUGGUGGACCCAAGAGCCAUAUCAGUGCUAGCAAAAUGGCAGAAUUCAUAUAGCACCAAAAUGGUUCUGCAAGAGCUUUGACGUCUAAUGAUGUCUAAAGAAAAUAUGAAGCUUCCUCAGCCGCCUGAAGGACAAUGUUACAGCAUUUAAUAAAAAA